CUUUUUCCAGUUGGUCUCAUCUUGAGCCUGCUUUUGUUGGAGGACAUAUUGGUUCCUCUCAUGGAUGCUCGAACUUCUGGUUCCGUCUCUGCCGAGAAUCUGCCCGUUUCGGUCCCAAAUGUUGCUAAGGGUUGUUCAUCUCGUGGAUCACCCUCCGAUGCUAACAGUUAUGAUUCAAGGACCACAAAGGACUCGGCGCUUUCGUUUCCGAUAAAGCGUAGCAGCACAACCUUGCAGGACCCGCCGUCUGUAUUUGAAAAAUCUCAGGUUUCUGAGCGGUCAGGGAAAAACGGACCUACAAAGUACGAUUUAACUAGCGCUAAACGCUCUCGUACCGGCUCUUCAACUUCAAGGAAUGAAGACGCUGGUCAGACUUGUAAACCAGACAAUGAAAGCAAGUCGGGCGAUGAUGAAGAUCGUAUUGGCGAGGACAAUGAAAGGUCCUCUUCAAAGGAACCACACCGUUUUCACAAGAGGAAAAGGAAAGACAAGGACCGAAAAAAAAGCACCAAAAAACGAUCGGAGAAAAAAACAGAGGAGGAUAAAAAGAAUCGCAAACGAAAGCACAAAAAAACGCCAAAAUCUGAGACCCUUGUUGCUGCCUACAGCUCUGAUAAUGAAGACUCUUGCCCUCCAAAGCGGUCCUCGCCAGCAACUCUUCCUAGGGCACAUGCGGCUUCUUCCCCCACGGUCCACAGCGAAAGAACUAAGCCCCCGACCUCCACACGAUCACCACCAUUGUCUGCACUUGCAUCCGUGACAAAAGUGACAAAAACCACGGCAAAAUCGACUUGGGACUCCAGUGAUAGCGAUUUCGAGGGGACACUUACUCAUCCGUCUACCGCACCCGCUGCUGCCCCCUCACCAGUUUCCCCCCGUGAAAAUGCCACUGCAAAUGCGGAAGAGGUGCAUGGAGUGCCUCGGCGGCGUUCGCACUCACCGCUUCAUCCUUUUCUUCGUGCUCAUCGAGACGCCGAAGUUACUCCUCCCGCUCAUAUUCUUCCCGUCAACGAAGGUCUUAUUCUAGCUCAACUCCCAGCAGUAGAAGCAGUCGGAGCUCAUCGAGAUCUUAUUCUCGUCGGCGUCGAGGGCGGCGCCGUGGUCACAGGCGACAUGGCCGCCGCCGACAUCGUCAUUCUUCCACUCGUUCAUCUUAUUCUCGAAGUUCGUAUUCUCGUUCUUCUAGUAGAGGACGGGGUAGUAGGCGUAGAAGACGGUAUUCACGAAGUGGUGACUCUUAUAGGCGGAGGUCGUCAUAUCGCUCCUAUUCUUCGCGCAGUCGCCAUGGACGUUACACCUCGUCUGACAGAUCCCAGUCACCUAAUUCGCGGGAUACAUCGCGAACUCCUCCACCAAGUCGGAGCACUGCCAGCCGACGUUCUCCGAGUGUGUCGACUUUCACGCCCCUUAGGAAAUAAAAACAAUCUCAUUCGUGGACAUAAGCCAUCGGAGGCCAUAGCUGCAGCAGCGAGUGCGGCUGUUAGGAAGAUAACAGGGCGGACAGAACCUAGUCCACCUUCAACGCCCCCUACGCUACCUAAAAUCGAGGAAUCACAUACCGAUGAACCGAACAAAAAGGCAGAGGCGGAUGAAGAAGAUAGCUCGAACUAUAUUGGCCCACAAGUGCCGCCAGAUAUGGCUAAAAAACUUGGCUUGAAAGUCAGCUCUUCACCCCCUCCCAAAUUAACCAGCGGCGUCUCAACAUCGACUAACAAUUGGAAAGCUCACGUUGGUGCUAAAAGGAAGUCUGAAAAAGUAGUCAACGAAUCUGUAAAAAAACAGGAAGAUAGCAAAUCGGAGUUCAUGACUCCUCCCGAAAAAGACGAACAGUAUAAAGCGCUGCAAGAACAGGCCAAGGAACACGUCCGCCAGCAAUUACAACAGGCUCAUUUUCAGGCUAGCCAGCAGCAACAACAGCUCGCUGCUGCAGCUGCUGUUGCAUCAGCUGCCGCUGUUCAACCUUCCGUCACUGCUCCGACCACAAUGUUUCACGCAGCAAGCGGUCAACUCUCCUUGGUAGACCAGCUAAGACAAAGACAGCAACUCUAUUUCAUGGCUGGAGCCACGACACAAGCAAUGGUGCUGGAAGGGCUUAUUAGACAACACCAGCAAGCUGAGGCUGCCACGAUUCUUCAACAGCAUCAGCAGCAGCAGGCACUCCAAAUUUUGGCACUGCAACACCAGCAACAACAGACCGCUCUCCUCGCCGUUCAGCAACAGCAGGCUCAGCAGCACCAGGUUCAGUCAGCCCAACAGGCAGCUCUGUUGCUUGCCGCACAACAGCACCAAGCAGCCGCUGUUCCACAAGCUGAUAGCGCCAACGCUGCUGCCAUGGCCGUAGCCCAGCAACAGCAGCAGGCCGUUCUCCAGAGCAUUCUGCAUCAACGACAACAGGCCUUUGCUGCGGCGCAACAACAACAAAUUCAACUAAUCUUGCAAAUGAAGGCCCAACAGCAGGCUGCAGCGUAUGCAGCAGUGGCGGCGGCGGCUGCUGCAAAUUCUACUCCACCUGCAGCGACUUCGGCUGCCAGCAUUGUUGCCACAACGUCUGCAGCUAAUAAAACGACUUCGGCAGGAAACGAUGUUGGCCCUGAGAGCGCUACCUCGCAAUCGCCAACAGUGCUUGCCGCUAUGGCUGCUGCUCAACGGAAUCAGGUUCUACAGCAGGAGCAGUUGCAGAAACAAAUCAGUGCUGCUGCUAUGGUUUCUGCCAACGCAACUGGUGUGGCCCUAACUCAACAACAGCAACAACGUCAGCAAUUGCUUGCCCUGCAAGCUGCGGCUGUUGCGGCUCAGCAGCAGCAGCAACCCGUUGCAGCUCCCCAAUCAGCUACAUCGCCGACAAACCUUACUGCUGUACAGCAACAGAUGGCUGCUGCGGCUCUCUUUCAACAGCAGCAGGUCCAAAACCAGCACCAACAGCAACAGCAAGCAGCUGCUCUUUUUUUGGCUGCACAGCAGUCCCGUGUGCUGCGGCCACCUUAG